CGCCAAAUACCGAGGGACAUCACGGUCUUUUAGUCCAACUUCGCGCAUUGCUCAUACCGUAUGUUCCCUUCCCAACACUUAUCGAAUAGAACAUAAAACCCUAGCGGCCACCCUCAUCAGUUUCAACACUAAAAGAAGAAAACAAUAACUGGAAUGGAGUUUUCUCAAGCUGACUUCGAUCGCCUACUGGUCGCCGAACACACUCGAAAAACCGCUGAAGCCACCUACGCCAAUGACCCUCUUGACACCGAGAAUUUAACCAAAUGGGGAGGGGCGUUGCUCGAAUUAGCUCAGUUUCAGACUGUUUCGGAUGCAAAUAAUAUGAUAAAUGAUGCAAUUUCGAAAUUUGAUGAGGCGUUGGCGAUAAAUCCAUCCAGGCAUGAAACUUUAUGGUGCAUGGGAAACGCGCUCUCAACUACUGCAUUUAUGACUACGGAUUCUGAUGAGGCAAAAGUUUCUUUUGAUAAGGCAGCUCAGUUUUUCCAAAAAGCAGUUGAUGCGGAUCCAGGCAAUGAGAUUUAUCGAAAGUCUUUGGAAGUUGCUGCUAAGGCUCCAGAGAUACAUCUGGACUUCCAAAAGGCUGCAGCUAGCCAACAGAUUAUGGGUGGGGCAUCUUCAGCUUCUUCAACUUCAACUGCUGCCAAGAAGAAGAGCAGUGAUUUGAAGUAUGAUAUAUUUGGAUGGGUAAUCCUUGCUGUUGGAAUCGUUGCAUGGGUGGGAAUGGCGAAAUCCCAUGUUCCUCCACCUCCUCCACGAUAAAGGUACUUGCUUGAAUAAUCCUCGUGGUAACCAUUCUGGUUAUAUUUUGUUGGAAGGUUAAAGAUUCACCUGAUGAGAUAUAGAAAAUUGAAACAAGUGGAUUCUUCCCACAUUUUGGCAAUUGUUUCCCUUUCUAUUAUUACAAUCUGAUUAGGGUCGCACUCUUGGAUAGAAUUUGUUAUCCAUUUAGUAAUUUAAUAAAUAUUAAUAAUAAUAAUAAUAAGCAUUUUGUCUUUCAAUAUUUGGCAUUACCUUGUUAAUCUGUAUCUGUAGGCAGUUUAACAAUGUUUUGUUCUUACCUUUGACCAAUCCAUUCUUGGAGGGGUAUGUUUUCUUUGUAAUAAUAUUUCAGUAAUCCAUGAUUGACAUUGCAAAAACAGUAUC